AACGAAGCAGUUCACAUCACUGCCAAAAGAUUGCAUGUGAAGAAUGCGUCGUUUUUUCCAAGUGUUGAUCUUUGCAGGUCUGCUGCCGUCUUUGGCUGGUCCUGAAGUGAUCACUGAGGCCAAAACCUACACCAAGCUGAUCAUUAAAAUGUCUGACCUGGAAAAGGAUGAUCAAGUGAUUAUUAAAAAAAAAGAUAAGUUGAUUGCACAGUACUUCUGUCAUGCAGGGAACUGUCAGAAUGAGCCAAACACUGUGGGCCAACUGAGAGAGCAUUCGGGGUAUUUGGUUCUGAUCAUGCGGAAUAUCAGUCCAUUCGAUCGGUUUGAUGCAUUUCACAAUCUAAAACCAAUUCUACGGAACUUCACUCUUGAUGAAGUUCUCCCGACCGCUGCAACACCUGAUCUGACAGAUGAAGCACUCAACCCAAGCAUCACUCAGACAGUUCCUCUGACUUCCACAACACCUGCUCCGACAACUGAAACAAUCAGUCAGACAGUUCCCUCAACCUUCAUAAUACCUGUUCUGACAACUGAAACAACCAAUCAGACAGAGCCACCCAUCAUGACCAACACUGCUGCUAAAGUGUUCACUGGAGUAGGAGCUUCGGUUCUAGUAGUAGCGGUUCUAGUAGUAGCAGUUCUAGCGGUCACAUUUUUCAGAAGGAGGUGUUGUGGCCCAUUGCCACACCAGCAGCAUGCAAGGCCCAUUGAGAUGGAGAAUUUCCUGCCAAAUCCAGAUCAAGUGUAAUAAAACAAUAACGAUGUUUACUUAGGACCAGACCAUAACUGAAGAAUAACACUGGCGUGUUAUCAA